GAAAAAUAAAGACGUAAAAACACAUCAAAAGCUCAAGUGUUUUUGACUUUUAUUUUAAAAGUAUUUGUCGAUUAACAAUCAACGUGUCACGUUUCAUUAAUUAUUAUUAGUUGAAGAAGAUAAAUUUAUUUAUUUAAAAUGGGUAAUUUAUGCACAUCUUGUUGCAAAGAAUCUGGUUCAUACGAAGAUUUGACACCUGACGAGCAAACAAGAAGACAACAACAAAUGGAAGCCGCUGAAAGAAGAAUGAAAGAGCAGGAACAACGGGGUAUCGGUAAUAUUAAUGUGGUAAAACGUCAACAACAACAAGCUCAAGAACGAGAAAAACGUGAAAACGAACUCGCUAAUGCUGAGCGAGAUGCGCCGUUGAAGUGGCAAGUAAACUGAAUCAACGCUAUAGAAU